ACCGUUGAAGUUCAAUUUGAAGCUAGGAAUUUUGAAUAUUGUAUGCGCAUUGUAAUGAAAAAAGGAACUGCUAUGGAACGAGCAUUCUGUGAGUUCCAAUAUUUAUUCCAGGAUUGUGUCUGCUCAUAUUUUCCUACUUUGAUCAAGAAGGGAUGCAUGCAUAAUAUCAAAUACCCACAGGGUCCUUUCAAAGACGUUAAUCUUUAUCCUUGUGUUACAAAUAAAUAGCUGAAAAGCGACACCUACAACGCUCUUACUUUAUAAUUCUCUGAUAAUUUCUUACUGGCAAAAUUCGCUCACGAUAUGGAGGAAGUGUGCUACAAACUAGCUUAUACAAAACUGUCCUUCCGGAACCAGAGUGCUGUACUACCAGUCUUUCAUCUGAAAAAUGGUGUUUGAGAGAUGAUCUUUAUGAUCUUGUCACAAAUUCUAUGCAAGAGAUCUGAGCUCUGUUUAUGGUCUGAUCUCCACCGCUUUUGGCAUGGAACUACUAAUUACUAUUAUUUGCCCGUACUCAAUUUCCCACCCAUUGAGAAGAAACACUUUGAGGAAUACAUUGAUAAUGGCAUGUCGAAAAAAGAGAUGAUGUGAGUUAGAAAUGAAAUAUGGCGCCAAAAGAAUGACACAAGAAGCUGAUGCUUUGAUUCAGAUAAGUUUUCAGAGUAGCUGUAUAUAAAGAGGGCUCCAAUGGGAAGAGAUUCUCUUGCUGUAAAGUAAUCAUCGAAAGAAUUGGGGGGCGUAAUGAAAUUGUUGUGCAUGGCGUGCGAUGGCUUGUUUCGCUUUCUUUGUGGGGAAGAGCUGUACUAUUCUUCGCUCUAUGAUUAUUAUCAUAUUCCGACUAUAAAUUGCUACAAAUAG